CAGAUUGCUGCUCAGGAAGAUGUGCUUAUUGGUGAACCGCAGCGAGGCUUGGCUGCAACCGCAUCAUCCUUGGCGGAGUUGUCUUCUGUCAUCGCAGCGGUCUCCCAGACGAACAACACAACCGAGACAGCUCAACCACAGGACGUAUUGGUGGACCGACUCGAGGAAGUCGAGCAAACGCUCGCUGCGCUGUCCUCUUCUUCAACGUCAACUCCUGGGGACCAUCAUGACCAGCAACAGCCCAGAGAUCAUCAAGACCAGCAACAGCCUAGAGACCAGAAGCAGAACAAGAAACCAGAAUCAAACCAGCCACAACCGGCCUACGAUGACAAUGACUCCCCAAAUAGGACGUUUCUUCGUUCCACAACCGAGGCCAUCAAGCGGAUAAUGAUCGACAUUGAACUAAACCCACCGAGAGGCACUGCAAAACCAGUACUGCCGGACCCUGCCACAAUCGACGGCGACAUCUGGGUCAUCUGGUGCGAGUCUUCCAAUGGGAAAGAUUAUAGGGCACAGCUUUUCAAGCUAAUUGAGAGCUUCCGAGAGAAGGAGGAGAAGGAACGGAAGAGACUACGUGAUUUGGACACGCGUAUAUACGAGAACGACGAUUCACCCCACCGACGGCACCUGCAGUCCAAGAUUACUCUUGUGAAGCAGGCUGUAUUCGAUUUUCAGCCCCAAAAAGCAGCUGGGAAGAAACGGCCAGAUCUCUCCUCCGAUGCCUACUCGAUGGAUGUCGACGUGUUCCUGCUUUGGUGUAUUCAGACGCAUGCCUAUAGAUUGUAUUCAUGGAUGAAUUACUGUUCGAUAGAUCGAUUCUAUGUGCUGAAAAACGAACAAAACCGUUACGAAUUGGAUUCUGUUACGCUAGUUAAUCAUCUACAGAAGAAGGGCGAAGAAGAGAGACAGUAUCUGGUCGAGCGGAGCCAUAAACGCGACGCACAUACCGAGCUAGAGAUUUGAUUGACAGCUCUUCAAAUAAUAUAAAGCGCACCCGCUCCUUAAGAAAGCCCAGCGCUGUAAACCGCUUUCUUGGCCCA